UGUGUAUGAACGUCUGUGAUGAUAGAGACUUGUGUGUGGGACUAUUUAAAUGAAUAUUUCUAAUUUAUUUAUUAUCUAUAAUUGCUUUACAAAGCACUUUAUACAACUGUAAACUUGCAGGAUUUACACAAUGGUUGCAACAAGCACACUAAGCAGAAAUUCGGAGUGCCUCCCUGAAUUUGCCAAUGGAGGAUAUGACCAGGCUUGCAUAGAUUAUGAAAUGAACUUUUGGGAGAGGUGUUUGGCUGAGCCUUACCUAGGUGCAGAAGUGUGUGAAGAACAGACAUGUCAACAGCUCGCCCGGCUGCUGGAGGGCUGUCUGGCAAGGGCAAAAGCCAGCAAACUUCAAUGUGCCCAUGUGCUGGUGCCAGAGACUCUGACCCGGCGGGUGGCACGGGAUGUGCUCCGUCUGGCUGCGGGAGAACCAUGUGGGUUGCGGGGCUGCGUGCUAGACGUCCGCCUUGAGCUAGAGGAGCAGCAGUGUCGCUGUGAGAGACUCGAGCGCCUCGCUUGCGAUGCAAGUGUGGUGCCAACUUUUGAAUUGACAUUGGUCUUUAAACAGGAUGGCGGUGGUUGGCCAAGCCUCCGUGACUUUUUGCGCAUGGGUACGUGUUUCCCACCUGGCACCCGCCGUGCACUUAAACUCCGCCCUGGGUUUCGGCUCAUUAAGAAAAAGCUGUACUCAGCUGCUGGGACGGUGGUUGAGGAGUGCUGAAUCAGACAGGUUGUGGGAGGCUUAGAGUCUUUUUCUUUAAGGGUACGAUGAUGCACUGUAACACCAUGUAUAAUGAAUGUAAGAGUCUGCCAGAGGUGCAGCUCAUGUUUUUGUACAAUUUUUUUUUUUUUUACUAUUGAUAUUAGAAGAGUUUUAGUUUUUGCCUUUUUGUGAUACCAUUGGAACAAAAUGGGGAGUUGGAUAAUUUGAUAAGGGGAAUUUACUGUAGUUUGUGAAGGCAUUAAUGCAAGUGAUCAAACAGUGGCCUUGACUUGGUGCCAGCCUGAUCCGAAAUGGUUAAUUAUUUUGCUCAAAUGAAGGGUACACAAAGACUUAUCCCAAAUUUUAUGUCAUAUGUGAAUCCAUCAAUCAUUUGAGUGUUCUCCAAAGUUUCCAGUUAUUUGACUGUUGACGUUCUUGGUGGCAUGUACACGAAAGUAUCUCUCUGAAUGGGGGCCAUAUUUGUGAAUGUAUUGUGCCUUCUUUAAGUGUCUGUGCUCAUGAAUGUGCCAUUUAAAAUAUGGAGUUUUUAAAAUGUAAAUGUCAAGAUUUCCAACAUGCCACUGUUGAAAGAGACUAUAUUGGUAGGGAUUUGAAUUAUUUAUUUUCCUUCUCCUUGGUUAGUAGUUAAUCUGUUAAUGACCAUUGCACAAUGUUAUUGUCUAUUGUUUAUCCUUCAGUGCUUGAGCUUUAUUUUAUUUUUCUUUCCAAAUUUGUCACUGAAGACACUUGCAUAGUUUUGCCAGCACUGUUACAGUGACUGCAUAUUUUUCUUUAAAAGUUCAAUUUAUAGGAAGUGGAGAGCCUUGUCUGUUUGACAAAUAAAUUAUAUUUUCCAAGAUAUUUCCUGACUGAGAAU